GGGUCAGCGCCGGUGGCGUCUACGGGCAAUACAGUGGGCCUACCACGGGUCUUAUCGCCAGCGAGUAGCGGCCGAAAAAGAACCACUGCCCUUAGAACCACGGCACCGUUUCAAACGAUCUGGUUAUCUGGCGGGUGGGCAGGACUUUCCUAACCAUCUCCCGGCGGCGCAGCAGGGUGUGUGAGCGGCGGGACCAGGAACUCGCGGCCCGCGAUAACCUUCCCUGUACGUGCGAACGAUUCGGGACCGGCAUUCUUGCUGCAGCGUGCCGCUGGUUCAGUUCAGCGUUGCAGACGUGCCUGCCUCCGUACGGGAGGGAAUCGUACCAACCUGCGUGAAGUUGCAGCAUUCCCACCGACCAGCCACCAAGUGUAACCGGAAUUCAUUACAACCCGGGCGUGCAAGAAAGAAGCAAAAGUUAGAACAUUUUGAGGCGCAGAAACCUCGAACUUUUGGAGUGCAUUUUUGAGUGUGUAACUGUGUGAGUGUGUGUGUGUGUGAGCAAGUGCUUAAAGUUAUGGCCCGGGAGGUGGGUAAGAUACAGCCCCAGAACUCGUCCCGCCGCAUCAUCAGCAAUCAAAGCAGCAGUGCCAGCAACAGCAGCGUCGACAGCGGAAAUUCGGACAAAAUGCGCAAACCACUGCUCGACGAACGAUGGACGUCCAUUCUGUACACCUUGGUCGUUGCCCUGCUGUACGUCACCGCCGGCACGAUGGUGGGUUGGAGCAGUGGCACCUUCCGCCGCUCGAACGGCCCUGGGGCCGAACCGCUCGCCCUGCCGCUGCUAGACAACUGGAGCAUCUCGCUGGCGGCCACCCCGGCCAUCAUCAUUACCGUGACGGCGUGUGUCGUCCACCGCUGCUACCACUGGAUCGGCACCAAAGCCUUCCUGCUGACCGCGUCCCUGCUCGCGAUCGGCUCCAGCACGCUGGAAGCGUACGGUCUCACCUUCUGGAGUGCCAGCGCCGCCCGCAUCCUGGCCGGAAUAGCAGCCGGCAUCGCCUUCACGCUCGUGCCGUCGUACGUGGACGAGUUCGGGUCGGCAACGGGCAGCAGCGGACCGCACCGACCACCGCUCAAUGAAAUCCUCGCCACCGCCUUCCCGCUCGGUGUGCUGCUCCGCUUCGCCGCCGACUUGCUCCCGCUUCCGGCUGACCCAACGGUAAGCGCUUUAGUUUGGGGCGCACUGCCAACGUUCGCCUUUGUCGGGUUGCUGUUUCUGCCCGAUUCGGCCCGCUUUCUGUGCGCCAACGGGCGCGUAGCGCAGGCGGCCGCCAUCCUGCAGCGCACGCACGAACCGGCCGCCCAGCCAGCGCUGCAGGAGUGUCUCGCCCGCUGGCAGCAGCCCGGCCCGGGCCUGGUGGAGGCGCUGCGGCGCCAGGCGAACUUUACGCUGCUCGUGCCCCUGCUCGCACUGUUUGCGCUGCAGGCGUUCCUGGGCGUGCUGCCCAUGCUGUUCUAUCUGGCCGGGCUGGUCGAGCUGGCGGGUGAGCAGGUGCAGUCACCCGAACGGGUCGCCACCCUGCUGGUGGCACUGUUUACCCUUGCCGUACCGGUCAGCCGCUAUCUGCACGCGAGCCAGCUCCAGCAGCGGCCCGUCCUGGUGCUCAGCGCGCUGCUCAUCGCGCUGGCCACGCUUGCGCUCGGCUGGCACUGUCACGAGCGGCGAACGCGCAACCUGGACCUAACGGAGCUGUCGAGCGAUUGGCCCUUCUACUGCUUCGCGCUGAUGUUCGUCGCGUACGCGGUCGGCUUCUACCGGCUGCCCGGCACGCUGCUAGCCGCCGAGGUGGCGGACGAGAACCUGCUGGCACUGCGCACGGUCGCCACGGCAGUUGGCUGGGGCUCGGUCUAUCUCGGCGUGCGGCUGCUGCCCGUGCUGCUGCGCACCAUCGGGCUCGGCUGGGUGCUGUGGAACGUGGCGCUGGUCGCCCUGUCAGCCGCCGGGCUGGUGCUGCUGUGUCUGCCCGCCCAGGACGAGUACGCGCACAAAGCGCUGGCCGGCGGGGCCGGCCCCAGCUCGAUGACUUCCUCCGUCUGCUCGACCGGGUCCGGCGCGUCACCGGUGGCCUCGGCCUGCUGGCCCUGCGGCUCCACCACCGACCAGAGCACGGACGCACCGCAGCACUACAGCUACGCGGGAACACGGACGCCCGGCGAGGUCAUCAGAGGACCGGAACUGGUGUGAGCGACUGGAAUAGCCUCUAAAGGGGAAGAGGGGGGGGAGGGGGGAGGGAAAUGGGAAAGAAAAAGACUGAUCAAACCUUAGCAGCGCUCUGCUGAUAACGCGCCCGUGUCACGAGCCCGGCCUGCCAGCAAGCUCUAGAAGGAGGGCCGAAAAAGGGGGCUUCUACUUACUUUUUCUUGGUUUUUGGUUGGCGUGUGUGUGUGCUCUGUUUUUGUGACCAUGACAAAAUUACUCUUUACUUACACACACACACACACACACACACACAUUGGCCACCAUUCGGCGCCGUCGCUUCAUUAGCGGCCGUGGUUGGCGUGGACGCGAACGAUAAGCGAGAGGGGAGCGACUUUCUUUCUAAUUAAAGAACGUUGGAGGCACGAUUACGACCAAUCGAAUAUGGCGCACUAGCAGAUAAGACGUUCGAGCGAAAACGGAGAGCGAGAAGGAGAAUUAGUGUUACACUUGCAGUAGAGUAGGACGACGAGCAGGCUUUGAUAUUGUAAUCGGUUGAUAAGUAGUGUGUAAUGUGCUAGGACGUAUACCAGUGAGGCUAGAGGGGGUUCUUAUAUUUAUAGAAGAAGAAGACCAGGGCAGGGGAUAGAAUAAAGAAGAAACAAACAAUAAAAAAUAAAGCACACACCCAGGAGGUUUCAUAUACAUAUGUUUGAACAAAUUGAA